UGUAGCCUGAAGAGUCUUCAGUCUGCGCUUGAAAGUGGUCAGAGACUCUGCCGUUCUGACAUCCACCGGGAGGUCGUUCCACUACCGUGGGACCGGGACAGACAGCAGUCGUGAGCGGGAAGUGCAGGUGUGGCGAGGGGGAGGCGCCAGACGGCACGAAGUGGCAGAACGGAGGGGUCUUGCUGGUGUAUAGGUCUUGAUGAGUGAUUCAAUAUAUACAGGGGCUGAUCCCUUAACUGCCUGGUACGCGAGCACCAAAGUUUUACAUUUGAUACGAGCCAUAACAGGCAUCCACUGGAGGUUGCUGAGUAGGGGGGUGGCAUGUGAAUGUCUGGGAACAUUGAAUACCAGACGGGCUGCAGCAUUUUGGAUCAGCUGGAUCAGUGUUUGUUUUGCACCUCAAGGCCACCGUAUGCAGUCACGUAACGCAAAGAAGCGUUAAUUGGCAUCUCCUGCGGACGUUUCCUGAGACGAAGUACGAAGUAUAUUCGCGCGCGUUCGUAUCGGAGUGCUUGCCAAUGGCUGUGCGAACGAAAAAAGAGAAGUUUGAAUUAAUCGCACAAAGAAUACGGCCAUUUCAGGAUUUUCCGAUCAAAGGCAUUAUUUUUAGAGACAUCUGUCCAAUACUAAAAGAUCCCGAAGCGUUAACUGCCGUGACUGAUCUAUUUGAAGAACACGUACGGCAAACAUAUCCUGCAGUUGAACUGGUCGUGGGUUUGGAUGCCCGCGGGUUCCUGUUCGGUCCCCUUCUGGCUCAGAGGUUAGGAGUGGGCUUCGCACUGGUACGGAAGAAGGGGAAACUGCCGGGACCCACGUCGUCUGUGGCCUACUCUUUGGAAUAUGGAAAGGCUGAGGUUGAGAUCCAGGAGGAUGGAGUGCUUCCCGGGCAGAAGGUCGUCCUCAUCGACGACUUGCUGGCCACCGGAGGGACACUGUACGCGACCUGUGAACUGAUGAAGAGGCAGAAGGCUGAUGUACUGGGCUGUCUGGUGGUGAUCGAGCUGCUGGACCUGAAGGGGGCGGAGCGGAUCGGCUCCACGCCCACCUUCUCCCUGGUCCAGUAUUGAAGGGCCCCCCCACCCCACCCCACC